UAGAAAGAGACAGAGAGAAAGGUCUUCCUUCCACUGGUUCACCCCCUAAAUGGCCGCUACGGCCGGUGCUGUGCCGAUCCGAAGCCAGGAGCCAGGUGCUUCAUCCUGGUCUCCCAUGCGGGUGCAGGGCCCAAAUACUUGGGCCAUACUCCACUGCCUUCCCAGUCUACAGCAGAGAGCUGGACUGGAAGAGGAACUGCCGGAACUAGAACCCGGAGCCCAUAUGGGAUGCUGGCGCCGCAGGUGGAGGGUUAGUCAAGUGAACUACGGCACUGUCCCUAUUAAUUCUGUUUAACAGAGUAUAAUAUAGUGUGAUACUUUAUUAUCUUCUUUGCUUUUUCAUAUGAAAAAGCAUAUUUUCAUAUUUAUGCUUUAACGGCUUUUCAGAGUACAACCUGUAGACUGUACAAAUUAUGUAACAUGUACAUUGAAUUUUAGUGGUGGAGCCAUCACCACAUAGUGAUUUUAGAAUAUUUAUAUUGUCGGGGUUGGUACUGUGGUGUAGAGAGUAAAGCCUCCACUAUAUGGGCGCCUGUUCGAGUCCGGGUGCUCCAUUCCUGGUCUAGCUCUCUGGUAUGGCCUGGGAAAGUAGACUGUGCCCCACAUUGGAAACCUGGAAGGAGCUCCUGGCUCCUACCUGCUAAUCAGCUUCGUUCCGGCCAAUGCCGCCAUUUGGGGAGUGAACCAGGAAGACUUCUCUCUCUCUCUCUCUUCUGCCUCUACCUCUCUGUAACUCUGCUUUUCUUACUUUUUUUUAAAGAUUUUAUUUAUUUAUUUGAGAUGUAGAUUUACAGACAGUGAGAGGAAGAGACAGAGAGAAAGGUCUUCCCUCUGUCAGUUCACUCCCCAAAUGGCCGCAAUGGCCGGAGCUGUGCUAAUCCGAAGCUGGGAGCCAGAAGCCCCUUCCCAGUCUCGUACACAGGUUCAGGGGCCCAAGCACUUAGGCCAUCUUCCACUGCUUUCCCAGGCCACAGCAGAGAGCCGGAUUGGAAGAAGAGCAGUGGGACUAGGACUGACACCCAUAUGGGGUGCCGUUAAUGCAGGUGGAGGAUUAACCUACUGCGCCAUGGUGCCAGCCUCUGUAACUCUGCCUUUCAAGUAAAAUAAAAUAAAAUAUUUAAUAAAGAAAAAACAGAAUAUUUUCCCCAAAAGAUCUCUCAUGCUAAUUUACUUAAAAAAAAAAAAAAGAUUUAUUUAUUUGAAUGGUAGAAUUAGAGAGUCAGUAAGAGACAGAAAUGUCUGCCAUCCACUGGCUCAGUUCCCAAGUAGGUGCAAUGGCCAGGGCUGGGCCAGGCCAAACUCAAGAACCUGGUACUACAUCCUGGACUUCAUUGUGGUGGCAGGAGCCAAGCACCUGUGCUGUCCUCUGAGGCAUAUUAGCAAGGAGCGCUAUGAGUGCAACAGGUGUUCAUGUGGGAUGCUGUUGUUGCAGGUGGUGGCUUACUCCAUUGCACCACAACACCAGAACUCGCCUAUCCCUCAUUUCUCCUUAAUGUCUUUUUUUUUUUUUAUUUCAAAGAUUUAUUUUAUUUGAAAGGCAGAGUUAUAGAGAGAAUGAUCAUCUAUCUACUGGUUUACUCCUCAGGUAGCCUCCAUGGCCAGAGCUGAGCUAGGGGCCUCUUCUGGAUCUCCCAUAUAGGUGCAGGGGCCCAAGGACUUAGGCCAUUCUCUGCUGCUUUCCCAGGUACAUAAGUAGGGAGCUGGAUUGGAAGUGGAGCAACCAGGACUUGAACUGGCUUCCAUAUACUGGUAUUGCAGGUGGCGGCUUAGCCUAUUAUAGCACAGCGCCAGCCCCUCAUCUUAGUAUCUUAAGGUCUACAAGACUCUGUAUGAUUCUGCCACCAUUUAUGUAACCUGUGAUGAAUGUCAGUUGUUUCUAAUUUUGGAGUGUUAUAGUUUCACUGAACAUCAUUACACAUACAGUUCCAACACUUCUCUGGUUAUUUCAUUAGGGUUAAAUGGAAUUUACAUUUCAAAUGAUAUAUUUUGCCAAAUUGCCUUCCAAAAAGAUCCUAGCAAUUUGUACCUUUACUGGCAAUGGAUGAGUAUGCUUUGGGUUGUUUUAAUCUUGCAUGUAGAAUGCUUGAAUAUACCUAUGUAGAAAUUGAAGAAUGUCAUUUUAAAACCACUUACUUAGGCUACAAUGCAUUUUUAUAAGGAUUACCCUAUGGAUGGUGCUGUGGCACAGCAGGUCAAGGUGCCGUCUGUAAUGCUUGUAUCCCAUAUGGAUGCAUGUUUGAAUCCUGGCUGCUCUACUUCCGUUCCAGCUUCCUGCUGAUGUGCCUGGGAAAGCUGCGAAAGAUGAUCCGAGUACUUGGGUUCCUGUACUCACAUAGGAGACCUGGAUGAAGCUCCAGGCUGCUGGUUUGGCCUGGUCCAGCCCUCGUCAUUGCAGCCAUUUGGGGAGUGAACCAGCAGAUCGAAGCUCUCUGUCUGUCCCUCUUUCUCUGUAACUUUUAUUUUCAGGAUAUAUCAACUCAAGAAAGUAACAUACUAGGGGCAUUCUGUGAUAUGAAUGAUGUAGAAGUACCAUUGCAUUUGCUUCGUUACGUUUGUUUGUUUUGUGGAAAAAAUGGCCUUUCUCUCAUGAAGGAUUGCUUUGAAUAUGGAACUCCUGAAACUUUGCCAUUUCUUAUAGCACAUGCAUUUAUUACAGUUGUGUCUAAUAUUAGAAUAUGGCUCCAUAUCCCUGCUGUCAUGCAGCACAUUAUACCUUUUAGAACUUAUGUUAUCCGGUAUUUGUGCAAACUCUCUGAUCAGGAGUUACGACAGAGUGCGGCUCGUAACAUGGCUGACUUAAUGUGGAGCACAGUGAAAGAACCAUUGGAUACAACACUAUGCUUUGAUAAAGAAAGCUUAGAUCUUGCCUUUAAAUACUUUAUGUCACCUACUUUGACUAUGAGAUUGGCUGGAUUAAGUCAGAUAACAAAUCAACUUCAUACCUUCAAUGAUGUGUGCAAUAAUGAAUCAUUGGUAUCAGACACAGAAACGUCCAUUGCAAAAGAACUGGCAGACUGGCUUAUUAGCAACAAUGUGGUGGAACAUAUAUUUGGACCAAACUUACAUAUUGAGAUUAUCAAACAGUGCCAAGUUAUUUUGAAUUUUUUGGCAGCGGAAGGGCGACUGAGCACUCAGCAUAUUGACUGUAUUUGGGCUGCAGCACAGUUGAAACAUUGUAGUCGAUAUAUACAUGACUUAUUUCCUUCACUAAUCAAGAAUUUGGAUCCUGUACCACUCAGACAUCUUCUUAAUCUGGUUUCAGCUCUUGAACCAAGUGUUCAUACUGAACAGACAUUGUACUUGGCAUCAAUGUUAAUUAAAGCAUUGUGGAAUAAUGCACUAGCAGCUAAGGCUCAGCUAUCUAAGCAGAGUUCAUUUGCAUCUUUAUUGAACACUAAUAUUCCCAUUGGAAAUAAGAAAGAGGAAGAAGAGCUGAGAAGAGCAGCUCCAUCACCUUGGUCACCUGCAGCGAGUCCUCAAAGCAGUGACAACAGUGAUACACAUCAGAGCGGAGGCAGUGACAUCGAAAUGGAUGAGCAGCUCAUUAAUAGAACCAAACAUGUGCAACAGCGACUUUCAGAUACAGAGGAAUCCAUGCAGGGAAGUUCCGAUGAAACAGCCAACAGUGGUGAAGAUGGAAGCAGUGGUCCUGGUAGCAGUAGUGGACACAGUGAUGGAUCUAGCAAUGAGGUCAAUUCUAGUCAUGCAAGCCAGUCAGCUGGGAGUCCUGGUAGUGAAGUCCAGUCAGAAGACAUUGCGGAUAUGGAAGCCCUGAAAGAAGAAGAUGAAGAUGAUGACCACAGUCAUAAUCCUCCCAAAAACAGCUGUGGUACAGAGCUUCGGAAUAGAAAAUUAGAAAGUCAAGCAGGCAUUUGCUUAGAUUCCCAAGGCCCAUCUGAAAGAAAUGGGACAAGCAAUGGAACAGGAAAGGACCUGGUUUUUAAUGCUGAGUCGUUACCAUCGGUGGAUAAUCGAAUACGAAUACUAGAUGCUUGUUCACACUCUGAAGACCCAGAGCAUGAUAUUUCAGGGGAAAUAAAUGCUGCUCAUAUAGCACAAGGGACUCAGGAGACUUGUAUCACACGAACUGGGGACUUCCUUGGGGAGACUAUUGGGAAUGAAUUAUUUAAUUGUCGGCAGUUUAUUGGUCCACAGCAUCACCACCACCACCACCAUCACCACCAUCAUCACCACCAUGAUGGGCACAUGGUUGAUGAUAUGCUAAGUGCAGAUGAUGUCAGCUGUAGUAGCUCCCAGGUCAGUGCAAAAUCAGAAAAAAAUAUGGCUGAUUUUGAUGGUGAAGAGUCUGGCUGUGAAGAGGAGCUAGUUCAGAUUAAUUCACAUGCAGAAUUAACAUCUCAUCUCCAACAGCAUCUUCCCAAUUUAGCCUCGAUCUAUCAUGAACAUCUCAGUCAAGGACCUGCUGUUCAUAAACAUCAGUUUAACAGUAAUGCUGUUACAGACAUCAAUUUAGAUAAUGUUUGCAAGAAAGGAAACACUUUGUUGUGGGAUAUAGUCCAAGAUGAUGAUGCGGUUAAUCUUUCUGAAGGGUUAAUAAACGAAGCAGAGAAACUUCUUUGUUCCUUAGUAUGUUGGUUUACAGACAGACAGAUUCGAAUGAGAUUCAUUGAAGGCUGCCUGGAAAACUUAGGGAACAACAGAUCAGUAGUAAUUUCACUUCGUCUUCUUCCAAAACUAUUUGGUACUUUUCAGCAGUUUGGGAGCAGUUAUGAUACACAUUGGAUUACAAUGUGGGCAGAAAAAGAACUGAACAUGAUGAAGCUUUUUUUUGAUAAUUUGGUUUACUACAUUCAAACUGUAAGAGAAGGAAGACAAAAACAUGCACUGUACAGUCAUAGUGCUGAAGUUCAAGUUCGACUCCAGUUCUUGACUUGUGUAUUUUCAACUCUAGGAUCACCUGAUCAUUUCAGGUUAAGUUUAGAGCAAGUCGACAUUUUAUGGCAUUGUUUAGUAGAAGAUUCUGAGUGUUAUGAUGACGCACUCCACUGGUUUUUAAACCAAGUUCGAAGUAAAGAUCAGCAUGCUAUGGGAAUGGAAACCUACAAGCAUCUUUUCCUGGAGAAGAUGCCCCAGCUAAAACCUGAGACGAUUAGCAUGACUGGCUUAAACCUAUUUCAGCAUCUUUGUAACUUGGCCCGAUUGGCUACCAGUGCCUAUGAUGGUGGUUCAAACUCUGAGCUAUGUGGUAUGGACCAAUUUUGGGGUAUUGCUUUAAGAGCACAAUCUGGUGAUGUCAGCCGAGCAGCUAUCCAGUAUAUUAACUCCUAUUAUAUUAAUGGGAAAACAGGUUUGGAGAAGGAACAAGAAUUUAUUAGUAAAUGCAUGGAAAGUCUUAUGAUAGCUUCUAGUAGUCUUGAACAGGAAUCACACUCAAGUCUUACAGUUAUAGAAAGAGGACUACUUAUGCUGAAGACACAUCUGGAAGCAUUUCGAAGAAGGUUUGCCUAUCAUCUGAGACAGUGGCAAAUUGAAGGCACUGGUAUUAGUAGUCAUUUGAAAGCGCUGAGCGAUAAACAGUCUCUGCCGCUACGGGUUGUAUGCCAACCAGCUGGACUUCCUGACAAGAUGACUAUUGAAAUGUAUCCUAGUGACCAGGUAGCAGAUCUUAGGGCUGAAGUAACUCAUUGGUAUGAAAAUUUACAGAAAGAACAAAUAAAUCAACAAGCUCAACUUCAGGAGUUCGGUCAAAGCAGCCGAAAGGGAGAGUUUCCUGGAGGCCUCAUGGGACCUGUUAGGAUGAUUUCAUCUGGACAUGAGUUAACAACCGAUUAUGAUGAAAAAGCACUUCAUGAGCUUGGUUUUAAGGAUAUGCAGAUGGUGUUUGUAUCUUUGGGUGCACCCAGGAGAGAACGGAAAGGGGAAGGUGUUCAGCUGCCAGCAUCUUGCUUGCCACCUCCCCAGAAGGAUAACAUUCCGAUGCUUUUGCUUUUACAAGAACCUCAUUUAACUACUCUGUUUGACUUAUUAGAGAUGCUUGCAUCAUUUAAACCACCAUCAGGGAAAGUUGCAGUGGAAAAUAGUGAGAGUUUAAGAUGUGAAGAACUUCAUCUUCAUGCAGAAAAUUUGUCUAGGCGUGUCUGGGAGCUACUGAUGCUUCUUCCUACGUGUCCUAACAUGUUGAUGGCAUUCCAGAACAUCUCAGAUGAACAGAGUAAUGAUGGACUUAAUUGGAAAGAACUUCUCAAAAUUAAGAGUGCCCACAAGCUGUUGUAUGCUCUGGAAAUUAUUGAAGCACUGGGAAAACCUAACAGACGAAUAAGGAGAGAGUCAACGGGAAGUUACAGUGAUCUUUAUCCAGAUUCCGAUGAUUCAAGUGAGGAUCAAGUAGAAAAUAGUAAAAAUUCCUGGAGUUGCAAGUUUGUUGCUGCUGGAGGGCUUCAACAGUUACUAGAAAUCUUUAAUUCUGGAAUUCUAGAGCCUAAAGAGCAGGAAUCUUGGACUGUGUGGCAGCUAGACUGUCUUGCUUGCUUGCUGAAGUUAAUAUGCCAGUUUGCAGUAGAUCCAUCUGAUCUGGAUUUAGCUUAUCAUGAUGUCUUUGCCUGGUCUGGUAUAGCUGAAAGCCAUAGAAAACGGACCUGGCCUAGCAAAUCAAGGAAAGCUGCUGGUGAUCAUGCCAAGGGUCUUCAUAUACCACGAUUAACAGAGGUUUUUCUCGUUCUUGUGCAAGGAACCAGUUUAAUUCAGCGACUUAUGUCUGUUGCUUAUACAUAUGAUAAUCUGGCCCCUAGGUGUAUUAGCAGGGAGCUGGACCAGAAGUGGAGCAGCUGGGAGUUGAAUUGGAGCUCUGAUACAGGAUGCUGGUAUCACAGAGUUUUGAAAGCUCAGUCUGAUCACAGGUCUAGACAUGAAGUGUCACAUUAUUCAAUGUGGCUCUUGGUGAGUUGGGCACAUUGCUGUUCUUUGGUGAAAUCUAGCCUUGCUGAUAGUGAUCAUUUACAAGAUUGGCUAAAGAAAUUGACUCUCCUUAUACCUGAGACUGCCGUUCGCCAUGAAUCUUGCAAUGGUCUCUAUAAGUUAUCUCUGUCAGGCCUAGAUGGAGGAGACUCAAUCCAUCGCUCUUUUCUGCUUCUGGCUGCCUCAACAUUGUUGAAAUUUCUUCCUGAUGCUCAAGCACUCAAACCUAUCAGGACAGAUGACUAUGAGGAGGAACCAAUGUUAAAACCUGGAUGUAAAGAGUAUUUUUGGUUGUUAUGCAAAUUAGUAGACAACAUUCAUAUAAAGGAUGCUAGUCAGACAACGCUCCUUGACUUAGAUGCUUUGGCAAGACAUUUGGCUGACUGUAUUCGAAGUAGAGAGAUCCUUGAUCAUCAAGACGGUAAUACAGAAGAUGAUGGGCUUACAGGACUCCUAAGGCUUGCAACAAGUGUUAUUAAACACAAACCUCCAUUCAAAUUUUCAAGGGAAGGACAGGAGUUUUUGAGAGAUAUCUUCAAUCUGCUGUUUCUGUUGCCUAGUCUGAAAGAUCGACAACAGCCAAAGUGCAAAUCACAUUCUUCAAGAGCUGCUGCUUAUGAUUUGUUAGUAGAGAUGGUGAAGGGAUCAGUUGAAAACUACAGGCUAAUACAUAACUGGGUUAUGGCCCAGCAUAUGCAGUCCCAUGCACCUUACAAGUGGGACUACUGGCCUCAUGAAGAUGUCCGUGCAGAAUGUAGGUUUGUUGGCCUGACAAACCUUGGAGCUACUUGUUACUUGGCUUCCACAAUACAGCAACUUUAUAUGAUACCUGAGGCAAGGCAGGCCGUCUUCACUGCAAAGUAUUCUGAAGACAUGAAGCACAAAACCACUCUUCUGGAGCUUCAGAAAAUGUUCACUUAUUUAAUGGAGAGUGAAUGCAAAGCAUAUAAUCCUAGGCCUUUCUGUAAGACGUACACCAUGGAUAAGCAGCCUCUGAAUACUGGAGAGCAGAAGGAUAUGACAGAAUUUUUUACUGAUUUGAUUACCAAAAUUGAAGAAAUGUCUCCAGAACUGAAAAAUACUGUCAAGAGCUUGUUUGGAGGUGUAAUUACAAACAAUGUUGUGUCCUUGGAUUGUGAGCACGUUAGUCAAACUGCUGAAGAGUUUUAUACUGUGAGGUGCCAGGUCGCUGAUAUGAAGAACAUUUAUGAAUCUCUUGAUGAAGUUACUAUUAAGGACACUUUAGAGGGUGACAACAUGUAUACUUGUUCUCAUUGUGGAAAGAAAGUACGAGCUGAAAAAAGGGCAUGUUUUAAGAAAUUACCUCGCAUUCUCAGUUUCAAUACUAUGAGGUAUACAUUUAAUAUGGUCACAAUGAUGAAAGAAAAAGUGAAUACACACUUUUCCUUCCCGUUACGUUUGGAUAUGACACCCUACACAGAAGAUUUUCUUAUGGGAAAGAGUGACAGGAAAGAAGGUUUUAAGGAAGUCAGUGAUCACUCAAAAGACACAGAGAGCUAUGAGUACGACUUGAUAGGAGUGACUGUUCACACAGGAACUGCAGAUGGUGGACACUAUUACAGCUUCAUCCGAGAUAUCGUUAAUCCACAUGCUUAUAAAAACAAUAAAUGGUAUCUUUUUAAUGAUGCUGAGGUAAAACCUUUUGAUUCUGCUCAGCUUGCCUCUGAAUGUUUUGGUGGAGAGAUGACGACCAAGACAUAUGAUUCUGUUACAGAUAAAUUUAUGGAUUUCUCCUUUGAAAAGACCCACAGUGCAUAUAUGCUGUUUUAUAAACGCAUGGAACCAGAGGAAGAAAAUGGCAGGGAAUACAAAUUUGAUGUUUCAUCAGAAUUACUAGAGUGGAUUUGGCAUGAUAACAUGCAGUUUCUUCAAGACAAAAACAUUUUUGAGCACACAUAUUUUGGGUUUAUGUGGCAGUUGUGUAGUUGUAUUCCCAGUACGUUACCAGAUCCCAAAGCUGUGUCACUAAUGACAGCAAAGUUAAGUACUUCCUUUGUUCUAGAGACAUUUAUUCAUUCAAAAGAAAAGCCCACAAUGCUUCAGUGGAUUGAAUUAUUGACCAAACAGUUUAAUAAUAGUCAAGCAGCUUGUGAGUGGUUUUUGGAUCGCAUGGCUGAUGAUGACUGGUGGCCAAUGCAGAUACUAAUUAAGUGCCCUAACCAAAUUGUGAGACAGAUGUUUCAGCGUUUAUGUAUCCAUGUGAUUCAGAGACUGAGACCUGUGCAUGCUCAUCUGUAUCUGCAGCCAGGAAUGGAAGAUGGAUCAGAUGAUAUGGACGCCUCAGUAGAAGAUAUUGGUGGUCGUUCAUGUGUCACUCGAUUUGUGAGAACUCUGUUAUUAAUUAUGGAACAUGGUGUAAAACCUCACAGUAAACAUCUUACAGAGUAUUUUGCCUUCCUUUAUGAAUUUGCGAAAAUGGGUGAAGAAGAGAGCCAGUUUUUGCUUUCAUUGCAAGCCAUAUCUACAAUGGUACAUUUUUACAUGGGAACCAAAGGACCUGAAAAUCCUCAAGUUGAAGUGUUGUCAGAGGAAGAAGGGGAGGAAGAAGAAGAGGAAGAAGAUAUUCUCUCUCUGGCAGAAGAAAAAUACAGGCCCGCUGCCCUUGAAAAGAUGAUAGCUUUAGUUGCUCUUUUGGUUGAACAGUCUCGCUCAGAAAGGCAUUUGACAUUAUCACAGACUGAUAUGGCAGCACUUACAGGAGGCAAGGGAUUUCCCUUCUUGUUUCAACACAUUCGUGAUGGCAUCAAUAUAAGACAAACUUGUAAUCUGAUUUUCAGCCUGUGUCGAUACAAUAAUCGACUUGCAGAACAUAUUGUAUCUAUGCUCUUCACAUCAAUAGCAAAGUUGACUCCUGAGGCCGCCAAUCCUUUCUUUAAAUUGUUGACGAUGCUGAUGGAAUUUGCUGGUGGACCUCCAGGAAUGCCUCCCUUCGCAUCUUACAUUCUGCAAAGGAUUUGGGAGGUGAUUGAAUACAAUCCUUCUCAGUGUCUGGAUUGGUUGGCAGUACAGACACCCCGAAAUAAACUGGCACACAGCUGGGUCCUACAGAAUAUGGAAAACUGGGUCGAGCGGUUUCUUUUGGCUCACAAUUAUCCUAGAGUCAGGACUUCUGCAGCUUAUCUUCUGGUGUCCCUUAUACCAAGCAAUUCAUUCCGCCAGAUGUUCCGGUCAACAAGGUCUUUGCACAUCCCAACCCGUGACCUUCCACUCAGUCCAGACACAACAGUAGUCCUACAUCAGGUCUACAACGUGCUCCUUGGUUUGCUCUCAAGAGCCAAACUUUAUGUUGAUGCUGCUGUUCAUGGCACUACAAAGCUAGUGCCCUAUUUUAGCUUUAUGACUUACUGUUUAAUUUCCAAAACUGAGAAGCUGAUGUUUUCCACAUAUUUCAUGGAUUUGUGGAACCUUUUCCAGCCUAAACUUUCUGAGCCAGCAAUAGCUACAAAUCACAAUAAACAGGCUUUGCUUUCAUUUUGGUACAAUGUGUGUGCUGACUGUCCAGAGAAUAUCCGCCUUAUUGUUCAGAACCCAGUGGUAACCAAGAACAUUGCCUUCAAUUACAUCCUUGCUGACCAUGAUGAUCAGGAUGUGGUGCUUUUUAACCGUGGGAUGCUGCCCGCCUACUACGGCAUUCUGAGGCUCUGCUGUGAGCAGUCUCCUGCAUUCACUCGACAACUGGCUUCUCACCAGAAUAUCCAGUGGGCCUUUAAGAAUCUUACGCCACAUGCCAGCCAAUACCCUGGAGCAGUGGAAGAACUAUUUAAUCUGAUGCAGCUCUUUAUAGCUCAGAGACCAGAUAUGAGAGAAGAAGAACUAGAAGAUAUUAAGCAGUUUAAGAAAACAACCAUAAGUUGUUACUUACGUUGCCUAGAUGGCCGCUCCUGCUGGACAACUUUAAUAAGUGCCUUCAGAAUACUAUUAGAAUCUGAUGAAGACAGACUUCUUGUUGUAUUUAAUCGUGGGUUAAUCCUGAUGACUGAGUCUUUCAACACAUUACACAUGAUGUAUCAUGAAGCUACGGCUUGCCAUGUGACUGGAGACUUAGUAGAACUUCUGUCAAUUUUCCUUUCAGUUUUGAAGUCCACACGCCCAUAUCUUCAGAGAAAAGAUGUGAAACAAGCAUUAAUCCAGUGGCAGGAACGAAUUGAAUUUGCCCAUAAACUGUUAACUCUUCUUAAUUCCUAUAGCCCUCCAGAACUUAGAAACGCCUGCAUAGAUGUCCUUAAGGAACUUGUUCUCUUGAGUCCCCAUGAUUUUCUUCAUACUCUGGUUCCAUUUCUACAGCACAACCAUUGCACUUACCAUCACAGUAACAUACCAAUGUCUCUUGGACCUUAUUUCCCUUGUCGAGAAAAUAUCAAGCUAAUAGGAGGGAAAAGCAAUAUUCGGCCUCCGCGCCCUGAACUCAAUAUGUGCCUCUUGCCCACAAUGGUGGAAACCAGUAAGGGCAAAGAUGACGUUUAUGAUCGUAUGCUGCUAGACUACUUCUUUUCUUAUCAUCAAUUCAUCCAUCUAUUAUGCCGAGUUGCAAUCAACUGUGAAAAAUUUACUGAAACAUUAGUUAAGCUGAGUGUCCUAGUUGCCUAUGAAGGUUUACCACUGCAUCUUGCACUGUUCCCCAAACUUUGGACUGAGCUAUGCCAGACUCAGUCCGCCAUGUCAAAAAACUGCAUCAAGCUUUUGUGUGAAGAUCCUGUUUUUGCAGAAUAUAUUAAAUGUAUCCUAAUGGAUGAAAGAACUUUUCUAAACAACAAUAUUGUCUACACAUUCAUGACACAUUUCCUUCUAAAGGUUCAAAGUCAAGUGUUUUCUGAAGCAAAUUGUGCCAAUUUGAUCAGCACCCUUAUUACAAACUUGAUCAAUCAGUACCAGAACUUACAGUCUGAUUUCACCAACCGAGUUGAAAUUUCCAAAGCAAGUGCUUCGUUAAAUGGGGACCUGAGGGCGCUGGCCUUGCUCCUGUCAGUACACACUCCCCAGCACUUAAAUCCCGCGCUCAUUCCAACUCUGCAAGAGCUUUUAAGCAAAUGCAGGACUUGUCUACAACAGAGGAACUCGCUCCAAGAGCAAGAAGCCAAAGAAAGAAAAACUAAAGAUGAUGAAGGGGCCACUCCUGUGAAGAGGCGGCGAGUAAGCAGUGAUGAGGAACACACCGUCGACAGCUGCAUGGGCGACGUGAAAACAGAGGCCAGGGAGGUGCUGACCCCAACUAGCACUUCAGACAAUGAGACAAGAGACUCCUCCAUUAUCGACCCCGGAACUGAGCAAGAUCUCCCUUCCCCUGAAAAUAGUUCUGUUAAAGAAUACCGAAUGGAAGUUCCAUCUUCGUUUUCAGAAGACAUGUCAAAUAUCAGGUCCCAGCAUGCAGACCAGUCCAACACCAGUAGAUUUGAAGACUGUAAAGAAUUCAAAGACCUCCACUGUUCCAAGGAUUCUGCCCUACCUGAGGAAGACGCCGAGUUCCCGUCUACUUCCAUCUCUGCCGUACUGUCUGACUUAGCUGACUUGAGAAGCUGUGAUGGUCAGGCUCUGCCCUCUCAGGACCCUGAGGCGGCUUUGUCACUCAGUUGUGGCCAUUCCAGAGGACUCUUUAGUCACAUGCAGCAACAGGACAUCUUAGAUACCCUGUGCAGGACCAUUGAAUCUACAAUCCACGUGGUCACAAGGAUAUCUAGCAAAGGCAACCAAGCUGCUUCUUGACAUUAGAUGUAGCAUGUCUACUUUUAAGGCCCCUUCCCCACCCCCAAUGCUGUUUGUAUAAGUUUUGCUUAUUCGUUUUUGUGCUUCAAUUUGUCCAGUGCUCUCUGCUUGAAUGGCAAGAUAGAUUUAUAGGCUUAAUCCUUGGUCAGGCAGAACUCCAGAUGGAAAACCUUGCAUCUUCAGUAUACUUUCUAAAGGGCAAUCAGAUAAUGGAUGUUUUAUGUAAUUAAGAGUUCACUGUAGUGGCUUUCAUUUAAUACGGCUGUCCGGGAGGAGCAGGGUUCCCUAGCCCUGUACGUUGUAAUUUAAACUUACAGCAUUUUUACUGUGUAUAAUAUGGUGUCCUCUGUGCCAGUUUUGUACCUUAUAAUAGAGGCAGAUUGCCUCCGAUCGCUGUGGUUCUUAUUAUCAAAAUUAAGUUUACUUGUAUACGGAAAAACCACAAGAAAUUUGAUUCUGUAAAGAAUCCUCUUUAGCUGUGGCCUGGCAGUAUAUAAAUGGUGCUUUAUUUAACAGAAUACCUGUGGAGGAAAUAAAGCACACUUGAUGUAAAAAUAAUUGUUUUAUUUUUAUUGACAUGACUGAUUGCUAUUCUGUGCACUUAAUUAAAACUGAUUGUGAUGACUUUU